CGGGCCUGCUGGUGGCGACAGAGAGCAGAUUACCAUAAAGAAGCAGCCGGCGGCAGCAGUGUGUUUCCUGUCGUUCACUUAUGAGCAGUGCGAGAACAGAACAGACUCCAUCAUGGAUAUCCGACCAAACCACACAAUUUAUAUCAACAACAUUAACGAUAAAGUCAAGAAAGAAGAGCUGAAGCGUUCGCUCUACGCGCUCUUCUCUCAGUUCGGACAGGUGCUCGACAUCGUGGCCAUGAAGACGGAGAGGAUGAGGGGGCAGGCCUUCGUCAUCUUCAAGGAGCUGGCCGCCGCCACCAACGCGCUGAGGCAGCUGCAGGGUUUCCCCUUCUACAACAAGCCCAUGAGGAUACAGUACGCCAAGACCGACUCCGAGGUCAUCAGCAAGAUGAAGGGUACGCACGGCGACAAGGAGAAAAAGAAGGAGAAGAAGAAGAAGGCUCAGGAGCCGGCAGCUAACGCCGCAAAGAAGCCGAUGGCGGUAUCAGCUACACCGGUGCACACACCUGCGGUUCAGAUUCCAGACAAUCCACCGAACUACAUCCUGUUCCUCAAUAACCUCCCAGAGGAGACCAAUGAGAUGAUGCUGUCCAUGCUCUUCAACCAGUUUCCUGGUUUCAAAGAGGUGCGACUCGUCCCGGGGAAACACGACAUCGCCUUCGUGGAGUUUGAGAGCGACACUCAGGCGGGUGUAGCCAAAGACGCGCUGCAGGGCUUCCGCAUCACCGCCACCUGCGCCAUGAAGAUUACCUACGCCAAGAAGUAGUUCCCAGGUGUGGCUGGACAGAGACUCUGAGGGCCCGGCUCCCACGUAUGACGGGCGUAUUUGUUUGUUUUUUAUAUCCAGCGCCGCUUUUUUGUUUGUUUUUCUUUGUUUGAAUCAAGAGGAAAAACUCGUGGACAAUGUUGUUUUUCUUUUUUUGUCAUUUUUGUAAAAUAAGAAAUAAAAAGAUUUUGCAGAA